GGAGGACUGCGGCGGCAUGUGGCCCCGAAUGCUGGCAGGGGAGGCCUGGGUGGCGGCAGGCAAGUGCCGGGCGCUGGGGCCUCGCCUCGCCGCUCGCUUCCCCGCGCAGCGGACCCCCGGGAGCGGCCUGGCCCUGCGGCGGAGCUUGCACGCGACGGCGGCCCGGGCUGUCCCGCUCAUCCCCAUCGUGGUGGAGCAGACGGGUCGCGGCGAGCGCGCCUACGACAUCUACUCGCGGCUCCUGCGGGAGCGCAUCGUGUGCGUCAUGGGCCCGAUUGAUGACAGUGUGGCCAGCCUGGUAAUCGCUCAGCUGCUCUUCCUGCAAUCUGAGAGCAACAAGAAGCCCAUCCACAUGUACAUCAAUAGCCCUGGUGGUGUGGUGACCGCGGGCCUGGCCAUCUAUGACACGAUGCAGUACAUUCUGAACCCCAUCUGCACGUGGUGCGUGGGUCAGGCCGCCAGCAUGGGCUCCCUGCUGCUUGCCGCCGGUAGCCCCGGCAUGCGCCACUCACUCCCCAACUCCCGCAUUAUGAUCCACCAGCCCUCAGGGGGCGCCCGGGGCCAAGCCACAGACAUUGCCAUACAGGCAGAGGAGAUUAUGAAGCUCAAGAAACAGCUGUACAACAUCUAUGCCAAGCACACCAAGCAGAGCCUGCAAGUGAUCGAAUCUGCCAUGGAGAGGGACCGCUACAUGAGCCCCAUGGAGGCCCAGGAGUUUGGCAUCCUAGACAAGGUACUGGUCCACCCCCCUCAGGAUGGUGAGGAUGAGCCGGAGCUGGUGCAGAAAGAGCCUGUGGCGACGCCGACAGACCCUCCCGCCCCAGCAAGCACCUGAAAGCCAGGGCUCCCCUCCAGGGCAGCACCAAGGGCCUGGGCCAGCCAGACCCUAAGGCUGCACCCUGCUCACCUCUGACUGCUGAGCCUGGAGGAGCCCCUUGAGGAACUUUGGAUUUGGGGGAGCCUUGACAGGCAGGGCAGUCUGGCUGCGACACUGUGAUUUUAAAUUAAAUCUUUCUGUACUUUG